GCAUUUAGAGAGGAAGGAAAAAAAUAAGGAGGCAAGUCUUGAUAUUCCCAUUUUUUUGUUUAGUUUUUAGAACAGAGACGGGAAGGAAGCAAGAAGGAAGAGGUUCUUCAGACAGUAGGUUCUCUGAGGGAGGACCACCGGACAGCAGUGCGCCAAAGAGAUUAAAGUGAAAGCUUUGGGAGACACAAUGGCCAGGAGGAGAGGCAAAAAGAGUUCUGUGAAGAGAAAGAGAGAUCCUGAGGAGAAAGAUGUUCCCAGGGAGGCUUCAAGUGAAGUAACCACCCCAAAGGGAAGUCACAGUGAAGAGACAGACGAGGCCAGCUCAGAGCAAGCUUCCAAGCUCGACGAGAUAUCUGGACCGCCAUUUAAGUGCUUCGACUGUGGCAGAAUUUGCUCUCAUAAAUCUGCUUUGGUUGUACACUUGAGGUCCCACACAGGAGAGAAGCCAUUUCCAUGCACCGUUUGUGGGAAACGGUUCCGUUCCAGAGGAAAUCUCAACCAACAUGAGCGAAGCCAUUCAGGAGAGAAACCACACCCCUGUUCAGUUUGUGGGAAACAGUUUCGCUCCAAGUCAGCCCUGAUUAAACAUGAAAAAAUCCACUCUGGUGAAAAGCCACAUGCAUGUCCAGAUUGUGGGAAAAGAUUCCUUUCUAGAGUACAUCUAAAUAGGCACCAAAAAAUCCAUUUAGGUGAGAAGUUGUUCACCUGCUUAUACUGUGGGAAAGCCUUUAGACAAAGAGACAAUCUUAAUACCCAUGAGAGAAUCCAUACAGGCGAAAAACCAUAUACAUGCAUUGACUGUGGGAGAGGCUUCAACUGUCAGUCCAAUUUUAAAAGGCAUCAGAAGAUACACACAGGUGUGAAACCGCACCCAUGCUCAGUUUGUGGGAAAAGAUUCAGAAGUAGUUCUGAUCUUAUACUCCAUGAGAGAAUCCACACGGGUGAGAAACCUUAUGAAUGUUCUGACUGCGGCAAAUCCUUCAGUUGCAGCGCCAAUCUCAUAACUCAUGGUAAAAUCCAUGAGAGAGAAAAACCUUAUAAAUGUCUGGAAUGUGGCAAAUAUUUGAGUAACAGCUCUGAUUUUGUAAAACUUCAGGGGGCGCAUAAAUACAAAUGCUCAGACUGUGGGAAGAACUUCAGCGAAACCUCAGCCCUUGAGAUACAUGAACAAAAAAACACAGGUGAGAAACUGUUUGCAUGUUCACAUUGCAGGAAAAGGUUUAACUGUAGGUCUGACCUCAUUAUACAUGAAAGAAUUCACACAGGAGAGAAGCCAUAUGAUUGUCCAACGUGUGGGAAGGACUUUAAAUCAAAGCGUGAACUCCGUCAACAUGAGAAAACCCACACAGGAGAGAAGCCAUAUGAUUGUCCAACGUGUGGGAAGGACUUUAAAUCAAAGCGUGAACUCCGUCAACAUGAGAAAACCCACACAGGAGAGAAGCCAUAUGAUUGUCCAACGUGUGGGAAGGACUUUAAAUCAAAGCGUGAACUCCGUCAACAUGAGAAAACCCACACAGGAGAGAAGCCAUAUGCAUGUUCCUACUGCAAAGGUACAUUUACUUCAAAGCGUGGCCUCAUUCUACAUGAGAUGCUCCAUACUGGAGAGAAACCAUAUCAAUGUUCCCACUGUGGGAAGCAUUUCUCACAAAAAUGUCGGUAUGCUGUGCACGUGAGAUUGCAUUUGGCAGAAAACCCCUAUGCUUGUUCAGAAUGUGGGAAAAGCUACAAAGAUCCUUUCUACCUCCGGCAACAUCAGAAGAUUCACACGGGUGAGAAUCCAUAUAAAUGCUCAGAGUGUGGGAAAAAUUUCUGUGCAAAGCGAGAUCUCCAGUCUCACCUCAGAAUCCACACAGGAGAGAAACCCUACCUGUGCUUUGAAUGUGGGAAAAGUUUCCGGAUCAAAUACCAGCUUGUAGUUCAUCAGCGAUCCCACAUGGGACAAAGACCAUACAAAUGUCAAAACUGUGGGAAAGGUUUUGCUGAAAAUUCAAACCUUGUGAUUCACAAGAGAGUCCAUACAGGGAAGAAACCAUAUAAAUGCCCAAAGUGUGUGAAAUGUUUUGCUCACAGUUCACAGCUUGUGCUCCACCAGAGAAUCCAUAAAGGGGAGAAACCAUGCAAAUGCCAGGAGUGUAGAAAAUGCUUUACUCAAUAUUCAAACUUUAUGAGCCACCAGAGAGUCCAAACAGGAGAGAAACCAUAUAAAUGCCAGGAGUGUGGGAAGUCUUUCAAAAAGAGGUCAGCCCUUCUCACCCACGACAGGACCCACACGGGAGAGAAACCCUAUAAAUGUUCGGACUACUGUGGGAACAGCUUCAGCAACAAAUCCAGCCUGACGAGACACAAGAGGAAACACACCGGCGAGAAGCCCUUCUGUUGCUUAAACUGUGGGAAAAGGUUCAGCCAGAGUUCGAGCCUCAUCAGGCAUAUGAGAAACCACACGGGCUUGAGACCUUACAUAUGCUCUGACUGUGGGAAGAGCUUCAAGCAGAGUUCGAGCCUUCUGGUCCACGGGAGGACCCACACGGGGGAGACGCCGUACAGCUGCUCCAUCUGCGGGAAACGCUUUUCUCAAAGUUCGAACCUGGUGAAACACGAGAGGAUCCACACCGGAGAGAAGCCCUACCGAUGCCCAGACUGUGGGAACACCUUCAGUAACAAAUCCAGCCUUAUGAGACAUAAGAGAAACCACACGGGGCAGAAACCGUAUAAAUGCUCGCAGUGCGGGAAAAGAUUCAAGCAAAGUUCUGGGCUUCUUAAGCACGAGAGAAUCCACGCACGGCAAAGCCUGUUGAAAUACGCCGACCCUAACAAGGGCUUCAACUCCAGUCCCAGUUUGACCCCACAUGGGAGAACCCACACAGGGGAGUCCGUAUGAAUUGCUCACUGUAUAUAAAAGAAGUAGGGUUUUUUUAUACUGUAUGUUCAAAUCUUCUUUUAAAUGAGAUAAUGAUGGGUGGUGUGGACAGCUUGGCUUGUGAAGGCCUGGACAACCUGUGACCCGGCGUCUGUCAACUAUUUGACUAAAAUAUGUUUGUUUUUAUUGUCACAAACAAAAGAACAACUACAGUGGU